GCGGAGUGUGGGGUACAUGACAUGCUAACCCCAGACCAGCGACGGUGGCCGUCUCGACGGGACGUUGAGGCAAGGAUGGAGGACUUUGUCGCGGUGUACAACUGACGCGAACCGGCGUCGUUGGAUCGACUGGACAACUUCUUGAGACGCUACACGGGUAUGGGACCUGCCCACCUGCCAGUCUGCCGUUCACUCCCAUGUUCAAGGGGACCCCGUCCCCGUUUCAUCGGUGGGCUUCAUCACUCGUCCAGCGGGUGAGUUUCGAUGCUCCGCCGUUGGUAAAGCAGCAUCCCAUGCACUCCGACCACCACGACAAGCCCUCACAACUCAAACACUAUUCAUGGUCUUCCUGCAGUCUCCCUCCAAUCAUGCAAGGCGUGGAUGCAGUGCGGUGGAGACACCAUGCAUCAUGUUUUGGUGUCGUGUUUGCGUGUGCAGUGUCUGGACUUGGCGCGCCGCCCCAUGGCGACAAUUUGGCGUUGGGAGGUUGGUCCAAAGUAUCGGAUCUCGACCAAGUGACCGAGCAUCCGCGGUGGCAGCACAGGGAGGAGCCCCUCUGCAAGCUCUGGGUCAUGCUUGCGGCAGUUGUCUUGCACACCCUGUGGACUCAACGCAACAAAACGCGGUGUUGAGGUCAAACCGCCGCCGUUUGUACCUGCAGUAGUGAGGCCCUCGUCCCUGGUCUCCUGGAGUGCCUGCGUCCGACGACUGCUUCGCGACCCCAGCUUGGACUGACCGACGUCACAUCGCGACGGCGCUCUCCUUGCUCGGUCAUCACGCCCACUUCUCCUGGUUUUAGUCUCAAACCCCUCGGGCCUCUCCCCACCCUCGCGGUCUUCACCUUCACCAUAGCAUCGAUGCGUCACUCGGAAGAUCACCCCCAUGUUUGACUAAAUAUUUCUUCUCACAGUAAAAUAUUUAAGGGAUAAAUGUCAAAUACACCCCAAUUGAACAUUGGA